UAUAUUUUUUAAAUUUCAUUGGAACAUGUUCUUUUUGUAAGAUAGAAAUUGUUGAAUAUAUGAAGUGUCAUUAAGUUGCUUCAUUACUUAGAUGAUAAUUUCGUAGAAAAGGUUGUCUAAGGUAAUCUAUACUUUAGUAUCAAAUUUGUCAACUUGUUGGGAAAUCUUGGACUAUGAGGUUAAGCUUUACGAGAUGGUCUUUUGCCGGCUGAGUAUGAAAUAAGUUAGACCCUUUGUUACAUUUCGCAGUAUCAUAGCAUUAAUUGAAAUAUAAAUAGUUAAUUAGUUACUUUAGUAUUACUCUGAAUUGUGUGACAUCUAUCGUUUACUUAACUUCAAAGCACUUGAUGAAAUGGGAGACCGUAUAAAUGAGCUGGAGCAGAGCAUCAAUGACCUAAAAGAAGAGAUGGGAAUGGAGGGCUCUCCAUCCCCUUUAGCCCCACCUAAGCAAAAGUCAGACGGAGCGAAUCAAGAGGAUGACUCUGCAUAAAACUUGGCCAAAGAUUGUAUUUAGCGGUUAAUUGUGAAUGUAAUUCGUUCUAAUUUGGUGAUAUCUUGUUUCGAAACUACUUUCGUGCAAGAGAGAGCAGGGACAUUACUAUGUGUCCCUGCUUUCCCCUUUUUUUACAUGUACCAAGUUUUUCUUCUGUGAAAUGGGUUGUUUUGGCAAUUUAUAGGGGGAAUUUAAUGAAUUUGAAGUUUUUACUGUGCAACACCGGGCUUGGUUGAGAUGCUGUUAACCCUGAACCUUAAUCUGUGGCAACCCCAAAUCUAAUAUGCUAGAUGAUUUUUAUUUUCUAAGAUAAUUUGUCCUAGCUUACAUUCAAUCUAGAAAUACAUUUCAACAUUGUCUCUAGUUACUACUGAUCUUAUUAACCUGUCAAUUUAGCAAGUUGUACGUUGGGUUUCUAUGAAUUGGGUUCAUUUUGCUUCAACGUUUUAGGGUGAUUUCGGUGUGGAUUAGUUUUGGGUUUAGAUGAUUUCGAUCUUAGCUUUCAGUUUUUUUUUAAUUUGGGUUCUGAGGUUUAUUUAUUGGGUGUGGUUUUAGAUCAUUAGGGACACAGUUCACUUCAGAGUUAUGUUAAUUUGAUUUUGAGUUAAAUUUUGUAUGAUCCAAUUGAGUUGAGUUAAAAAAGGGAUUUCUGGGUUUUAUAAUUUGCUUAUUUUAUAACUGCUUUUCUUUUUUUUUUUUCAUUUAUAUUCUUAUGUUUUCCAUGUGUUUGUUUUAAUGCCUGUUUGGUAUUUCAUAUAUAUAUAUAUAUAUAUAUAUAUAUAUGUUUUGUUGGCUUUGAAGGUACGAAGAUCCUCAUCAUGGUGAGGGGAAAAGCACAAAUGAGGCACAUAGAGAACGAUACGAGCAGGCAAGUUACAUUCUCAAAGCGACGAAAUGGGCUACUAAAGAAAGCUUUUGAACUAUCAGUUCUUUGUGAUGCUGAAGUUGCUUUAAUCAUCUUCUCUCCUAGAGGCAAGCUCUUUGAAUUUGCAAGCUCUAGCAUGCAGCAAACUAUAGAACGUUAUAGGCGGCAUACAAAGGAUAACGAAACCAAUAAGCCAAUUGAACAAAACCUGCAGCAUCUAAAGGCUGAAUCAGCAAACAUGUUGAAGACAGUAGAGGAUCUUGAAGUUUCAAGAAGGUAUUGGUCUUUUUAUAAGAUUCAACCCCCCACCAAAAUAUAUAUUGGGGUUAAAAUAUAAGGCCUUGUUUCUACAUUUGGAGCCUCCUAUAUUACUAGAAACAAAGGACGUUGAGCCAACAUCCUUGUUGGUGCGGUCAGCUUCUUCCUAGGAGGAGCUAGCAAUACAGGUGCGGUGAAUAUCACAAUGUUGAUCAUAGGACGCAUUCUUCUUGGUGCAGGCAUCUAAAUGUGUUUGGUAUUUUAGGUAUCCAACAUUUAUUGAUGCACUUAGAGAUUUGGAUGAUCCUCUUACAAUGGUGCACCUGUUUGCAAUGUUAACUUUGAAUCUUUGAAUCUUUGGAUUUAGGAUUUGUUUGAAUUAUCCUUCUAAUUAGUUACUUUUCUCA